UAAAGUUUAAUUUUCCAACAACUGAUGAAUGGAUACUCUCUAUUGCAGCAAUUUUAACUAAUCCAAAAACAUUUUAUUAAGACAGUCUAGUGGUUUGUUGGGCUCUAUAACUGGUUUUAUAGCCACUCUAUGAAAUUAGCAUCCUUUAACCAUUUCGUUUCACUUCCACUUCUCACCUCACAACUUUCCUUCCCUUGUCCUUUCAUUCUUGAUUCUAUAGACAGUGCAUUUCCACUUGCCUUCUCCACUUGUUGAGAGAAAAACAUUGGCCUGGCGCUAGCUUCUGGCUCCAUAUGUCUGUCGUCUUCCAUUGUGUUGAGAUAUACCUUAACCCCCACCACUGCAGCUAAAUUCCUUGUUUCCGUUUUCGUUCUUCAUUCAAUUCAGACUUUACAAUAAAUUUGUGUUGAUUUUCUAGUGUAUUUAUGUUGUAAAUUUAUUUAUUUUAGUCUAUUUUUUGUUAGUUUUAUUAAAUCUGUGACGUUGUGGCUUGCCUGUUACUGUAUUCUUAGUUAAGAGAUAACAGUGUUUGUAAAUAAAAUCUGGACUUCUAGUUCUCCGUCCGAAGACAAACUGAGAUUCCAAGAAUUGUGUACUAUAGCUCAUAUUUUGUUAUUUUUAUGAUUUAACUAACAGUUUACUAUGUAUAAGUGCAAAAUCUUUCAAAAUAAAAGGCCUAUUUCUGUCUUCAAUGAUUACAGAUGCCGUGUUUGAUCUCAACUUGUUAAUUGAAAGAAUUUCUUAUUUGUGAGGACAGUAAUACAAUUCAAAAAUGGAUGGGGUUGAAACCGACUCUUCCAGUUCUGGUGGAAACAAUCUUUUUUCUUUCAACAGUCUUUUCACUUUUACUAGUCCAGCUGUCAAGAAACUGCUAGGCUGGAAACAAGGUGAUGAGGAAGAAAAAUGGGCUGAAAAGGCAGUCGACAUUCUUGUAAAAAAGCUGAAGAAGCAGAAAGGCGCAAUUGAAGAGCUAGAAAAGGCGUUGAGUUGCCCCGGUCAGCCCAGCAAAUGUGUUACAAUACCGAGGAGCCUCGAUGGACGUCUUCAGGUUUCCCAUCGGAAAGGUCUUCCACAUGUGAUCUACUGCAGGGUUUGGCGUUGGCCUGACCUGCAGUCGCAUCACGAGCUGAAGCCGUUGGACAUGUGUCAGUAUCCGUUCUCAGCCAAACAGAAGGAAGUCUGCAUCAAUCCAUACCAUUACAAGCGUGUUGAAACUCCUGUGCUGCCACCAGUGCUUGUUCCGAGACACAGCGAGUUCGCUCCCGGGCACUCGAUGUUGGCCUUCCAGCAGAUGCCCGAGCCAAGCAUGCCGCACAACGUGUCCUACUCGACGAGUGGAUUCGCCAACCCGGCCUCGCCCAUCUCCAGCAUCCCCAGUCCGGGCAGCAGUCGCGCCUCCAACGCCAAUGCACAGAGUCCUCCCUACUCGGGCAGCGGGUUGUCAGAAACUCCGCCACCUGCCUAUAGUCCACCAGACGAGAAGUCACCCUUGGAAAAUAUGGCAAUGGACACCGGAGAAGUUGCUCAAGUUUCAUAUCAGGAACCUCUGUAUUGGGCCAGCAUCGCGUACUACGAGUUGAAUUGUCGAGUGGGUGAAAUAUACAAUUGCCAGAACCAUUCUGUUAUUGUUGAUGGAUUCACGAACCCGAGUAACAAUCAGAAUCGCUUCUGUCUUGGCCAGAUCUCCAAUGUGAAUCGUAACUCCACUAUAGAAAACACUAGACGACACAUAGGCAAAGGUGUGCAUUUAUACUACGUUGGUGGCGAAGUGUACGCAGAAUGUCUGUCAGAUUCGGCUGUAUUCGUGCAAUCGAGAAACUGCAAUCACCACCAUGGCUUUCAUCAGAGCACCGUCUGCAAGAUACCCUCAGGCUGCGCCUUAAAAAUAUUCAACAAUCAAGAGUUCGCUCAACUGCUCUCACAGAGCGUUAUCAAUGGAUUCGAAGCUGUCUAUGAGCUGACAAAGAUGUGCACUAUCAGGAUGUCGUUUGUGAAAGGCUGGGGUGCAGAAUAUCACAGACAAGAUGUGAGCAGCACACCAUGUUGGAUUGAGAUCCACUUACACGGACCUUUACAAUGGCUUGAUAAAGUGCUUACUCAGAUGGGAUCGCCACAUAACGCUAUUUCCUCUGUUACAUAAGCUCAAAUCAUUCUGGGCUAUUUUCCAGGCCAGACAAUGUUAUUAGGAUACGAGAUAAUACUGAAGAAGCUGAGAAGGAUUGAUGGAAAUAUUAUUAAUUUUGUUUUAAGAAGAAUGACUAUUCAAUAUUGAACUCUUAUUAAUUACUCUAGUUUUAAAUUAUUAUUAUCAAUUCGCUGUGUUGAAAUUUAGUUUUAUAAGACGGAGUAAAACAUCUUGACAAUUUUAUAAGUAAGUUAUUUCAAGUGCUAUGUAAAAUAAAGCCUGUGAAUUUUGACAUUA